AUGUCCCCAGCUCCGGCAACUAUCAUCCUCGCCAUAUCCCUUCUUCUGAUUGUGAUCUGGGGCAAGAGGCAGAAAGCCCAUUCCCAAUCAAGUGACCCAGCAAUAUGCCGCCAGAUCAUUGCUGGCGUGCUCAAAUCCACAGAAAAGCAGCAACCCAAUACCCUGUCGCCGCAUCAAGCGAAAGCGAUGGCCAAUAGACAUCUUCCAAUCGCCUUUGGAAUCGACAACGCUUUCACACGCCCAGAUAGUGCCCAUGCCACCAUGUUCGUCGAGAAAGUCAAACCGUUAAUCAAUCUAUCGGCAAAGCAGUGGUACAGCGUAUCCGAGUUCGCCAGAGUCACGACCAGCUACUGGAUCGAGCAUGGCUUUCCCGGACCGGAUCAUAACGGCAGCAACACUUGUCACAAAGAAAAGAGCAAGGGCACCCGCAAUCAUAUCAGUACUACCUGCAAUCGAAUCAACCUCGCCAGUAUGGUGCAGUUACUUUCAUUGAAGGUCGUGCUAUGGCUGUUUUUCAACCACAAGACUCAAGACCAGACAUGUGAUGCGAAUCUACUGAGCCUAGCACAGUCCAUAAAUCGAAUCUGGAUAUCUUCCAAGCUGAAAGCUACGGAGGAUGAUGUUCCCAGAUUUGAAGACGAUGCAUUGCUUCAGACAUCGCUGGUUAACCUCUUUGGUACUCACGAUCACCCGGAGGAAAACCCCUUGAACGUAAUCCUGCCUUCCUUCGAGACCAUGUGGCGCGUCGUCUUGCGAGCUUUCCUGGAGAUCAGAUUUGCAACUGGGAAGGAAGUACCUGCGUGGCGGCGGACGAUGAUUGCUUUUGCUUCUCAGCCCACAAAGUCCCAAUUUGAGGCAGGCCUCACGUUGUUGCCCAGUCGCUCCAGGCCCGAAUCCAGCAAUGGCUCCAACUUGGGUGAUGCACGAGGUGUUUGGACUUCACCCAGUGCAAAGAACAUUGUCAGUGAAUCCCUUCGCCUGUACGUACCUACAAGGCACAUUCAUCGAGCGUAUCAGUGGGACCAGGGUGUGGCGACAUCGCUUGAAAUCAAGUCUGCUGACAUCGAGGGAUGUCAUUUGAGGUCUGAUUUCUGGGGUUCUAGUGCAGAGAGAUUCAAUCCGGAUCGCUGGUCUGAGAUUACAUCCGCACAGGGAGAUGCUUUUAUGCCAUUCGGUUGUCCGCCCUUUGAAUGUCCUGCGAAGCCGAUUUUCGGGCCGAGGAUGAUUGGAGUUUUGGUUGGCGCUCUUCUAGCAGCCAUGGAGGACAAGGACCAAUUGAGUUCUUGGACUUUGGAUUGUGAGGAUGGGAGAGUGUUGGGACACCUCACGUCUGGGAGGAAGUUGUGCCCGCAUAGAAAUGCCUACACGGAACUGUAUCUAGUGCGGUCUUGGACUAGGGAAGAGUGA